CUCUGGUUUCUCCGGACUUCUUAACAACACCAUACCGUUCCUCUCCGCCGCACUCUCAAUGGAGAAUUGACCGCUUCUUCUUUCCGACGAACAAACCGAGGAAGAUCGAUGGCAAUCCCACAGGUGUUCUUCCUGCUGGUGCUGUGGCUCGCCGUGUGCGUUGGGUUGUGCAGCUGCUGGGGGGAGUCUGCUGCCGACAUUGCCCAGACGACGGCUCAGGAGAUCCAGCACGGUUGCACAGAAACCACGGAAUAUGCUCAGGAAAAGGCUGAAUCUAUGGCUGAUUGGACUUAUGACCAAUUCCUCCAAAACAAGGACAACGCAAGACAGGCAGCUCAGGGCAUGAAGAAUAAAGCUGGAGACGCUGCCUCAAGGGCCACUGAAACGAUGAAAUCUGCGGCAUCUGGAACUUCCGAGUGUUUUUCUCAAAAGUACGGUGAAGCCAAGGAAAAAUUGUCAAGAACUAUGGCGUAUGACAAAACUGCUGAGGCCUAUAAUGAAGUUGAUGAGAUUAUCAGAAUGGCGACAGAUAAGGCUUCAACCAAUGCCAAAGAUAUCUUGGCAGAUUCAGUGGGAUAUGAAGGAAGAGACCAAGCGGCUGAGGAAACCUAUGAGCAAGCUAGGCAUAGAGUGGAGGAGGCUUACAGGUCAGCAAAGGACACCAUGACUGAAGAGAAUAAGGUUAAUUACGAAGAUGCCAAGGAGAAGGCUUCACAGGCCACUGGUGAUCUUGGAGCCAACAUGAGGAUGAGCAGCAGCGAACUAACAUGAGGGUAUGGCUAGUUUUACCUUUUUCUUGAGUUUUUUUUUUUUUUGCCCCCCCAAGCUCUCCUACGUUAUGCGAUGCUAUGCCAAUCACUUAAUAGAUAUUUUCCCCUUAGCAAAGGAGGAUAACGUAACUUAGGGUUUUCUCGAACUACUAAUGCUAAAUAUAUAUAGUUUUAUAUAAUAGUUAGGGGACUUCGCAGCCCAUCAUAACCUUGUAUCUUCUCUGUGAUCAAAAUAGUGUAUUAUUUUUUCCUUAAUAUAAGUCGUGGGGUCCCUACUUUAACCUGGUUGAUUUCAAAAUUGUUAUCCCUGUACGGAACUACAAGUGAAUGAUUAAAUUGAAAGCUGGAUAGA